CUUUGGAAUCACAAGCAACGUCUAAAAUCUAAAUAGAACUUGAAAAUGGAGAGCGUACUGGAUUUUAGUAAUGUUGUUUUUGCGUCAUUUGCAUUAUGGUCGUCUGUCAGCGUAUUAAAGAUGAUGUUUAUGGGAGUUCUGACGUCAUUGCAUCGAGGUGCCGGGAAUGUCUACACGAACCCAGAAGACAUUGCAAUGUUUGCAACAAAGAGAGGUGUUAGUCCUAACCCGAAUGACCCAAAAGUAGAACGAGCAAGACGAAACCACCUGAACGACUUAGAGAACAUCCCAGCGUUUGUCCUGCUUGGAUUUUUCUAUGUGCUGACACGACCAUCGCCAUGGCUAGCAGUGAUGCACUUCAGAGUGUUUGGCGUAGCUAGGAUAAUACACACCCUCAGCUACCAGCUCAGCCUACAACCAUGGAGGGCAAUAGCACAUAUAGCAUCUGUUGUAGUACUUACAUCUAUGGCAGUGCAGAUUUUCUCAAUGGGACAGUGGUAG